CAUCGCUGCUCCAGCACCAGGCGGCCGUCGCAGCCCACCUCCGAGCCCACACCGCCAUGUCCAACAUCCUCGACUUUGUCAUUCGGGCGACCAUCGGCAACGCCGUGACGUCGCAGUUCGACGUCAAGGAGCAGAUCGCCAGUGGCGGACCUGGCCAUCUUUGGCACAUCCACGGCGGCACCAAAAAGUCGCCUCCCCACCAGGAAUGCGCUAUCUUUAUCUUCGAGAAGAAUGUCCUCGAAGCCAUGAACCCCCUGGCAAAGCCGACCCAGCUCCGGAAAGAGCAGGACCGAGUCAUCGAGAUUCUCAAAAAAGAGGCUCAGGCACUGUCUCGGCUUCGCCAUCCUGCCCUCCUGCAAGUCACAGAAGCGCUUGACGAUUCGCGGACAGCUCUGGCAUUUGCCACGGAGCCCAUCAUCUGCGGGCUCUCGAAUCUGCUCGGGGAUCUAUCCAACUUCACUUCGUCCCAAAAGUAUCAAGUUACGAGCCGCUAUGAGCUCGAUGAUUUGGAAAUUCAGAAAGGCAUCCUCCAGAUCGUCAAAGGCCUCCAGUUCCUCCACUCCAACAAUAUGAUCCAUGGCUAUCUGUGCCCAGAGGCAAUCUACAUCAAUGCCAAAGGAGACUGGAAGAUUGGUGGACUCAACUUUGCUAUAUCCGCAACGGUGCCCAAGGACGAUCCGCAAAUCACGGACUUUGUCACCAACUACCCACCGUUCUGCUCGCCGUCGCUGGACUACCUUGCACCCGAAGUUGUCGAAGGUUCCUCGUUCGAGUUUACCAGCGACAUCUGGUCCUUGGGCUGCGUCAUCUACGCCAUGUUCAACCACGGCAAGAGUCCCGUCACUUGCAACAACAAUACCCAUCGAUAUCAAGAAACUGUGAAUCGUAUCUCGAGUGUCUCGUAUCAGCAGAUUCCCGCGGCGCUCUCUGGGAUCCUCCAGCGCAUGCUGGUAAAAUAUCCAUCGCAGCGUAUCUCUGUUGAAGCCAUCCAGACCAGCGAGUAUUUUGACAACAUUCUCGUGAGCACCAUCAAGUAUCUCGAAACCUUUGUCGAAAAAACCGCUCAACACAAAGCGCAGUUUCUGAAAGGACUCGUCCGAAUCCUGCCCCAGUUCUCAGAGAAACUCCUCUAUCGAAAGAUCUUGCCCCUCCUCCUCCAAGAACUCAAGGACACACAGAUGGUCCCAUUCCUGUUGCCAAACAUAUUUUGGAUCGGUGAUCGUAUGCCUUCGGACCUGUUCAACGAAAAGCUCUUGCCUGACCUCAAGUCUAUACUCAAAGCUCGAGACCCUCCUCAGGCAACCAUGCUCUUGCUUUCGCGGCUGGAUUUGUUUAUGAAGCACUGUGGGAAUUCGCCAGUGUUCAAAAACGAUGUCAUGCCUCUCGUUUACAGCUCCUUGGAAGUGCAGAUCCCGCAGGUCCAGGAACAAGCUCUAAAGGUCGUCCCGAGUCUCUUGGACAAGCUUGACUUUACCUCGAUCAAGUCGUCCUUGUUUCCCAAGCUACAUGCGCUCUACAUUUCGUCUUCACUAAUUAGUCUCAAGAUUACGACAUUGAUUGCAAUCCAUGCCAUGGCAAAGGUGUUGGACAAGUUCACGCUCACCGACAAGGUUCUGCCGAUGCUGAAGCAGAACAUUACACGCGAACCGGGUGUGCUGAUGGCCAUUUUGGCGGUCUAUAGCGAGGUAUCCAAGUAUCUGGACAAGGAAGCGAUUGCGACCGAGAUCAUGCCCGAGCUGUGGAAGCUGUCGAUGGAUACCUUACUGAAUGCCGCUCAGUUCCGCAAGUUCAUGAAGAUCAUCAGCGAGCUCACGAAACAGAUCGAGGAGCAACAUGUCAAGCAGCUCGAAGAAAUGAUGGAGGCACCGCUUGGUCAGGGCAAGAAUGCCUCAUCGGACUCGAUCACCGACUUCCAGAAGCUCGUCGGCCAGGAGCCCAAAGGCACCGUACGCACGUCCGUGUCAUCCAACGCUUCCAAGCCUGCCACCAGCAGCCCCUCUCGACCCUCGUCGUUCGAUUUCCAGUCCCUAUCCUCGGCCACCAACCGAGCCCAGACAGCGAGUCCCUUCAAGUCACUCGGCGGUCCCCCGCUGGUUGCAGCUUCGACUCUGGCAGCAUCUUCGUCCAGCAGCUCGGCCGAUAGCGACUUUGCCGGUUUCCAGAUCGCUUCGCAUGCAGUUCCGUCUCAAGGAACGUUCGGCGGCCUCAGCAACUCGACGCAGCGGCCCAUGUCGUCGAUGGCCUCCACUGGCGCGGGAUUCUCGACUUUCGGCACCUCGAACGGACCUUCAAACGGUGCUUUUUCGCACACGCCGAUGCGGGCAGCAACCACCAACGGAUUUGCCUCGUUUCCGAAUACCACGGCGUCGGGGCCGGCACUUGGCAGCAAUGCCUCCGCCAGUGUCGGGUUUGGCUCCCACCCCAUCCAGCCAGCAUCACAAGCCAACUUUGCCACCUUCCCACCGCCCCCGGCUUCCCAAGGCUUCGAGCCUGUCGGUGCGUCCAGGCCUGCUGCCCCGACCGGACCCAAUGCCAAUGUAUCGCUGUUCUUUGGCGGCAAGACGACGCCUAUGGCUCCGACUAUCCUGCACAGCGGCGCAGGGGGACUGUCGGGUUCAGGCAGCAGCACCACUAAGCGCAACCCAAAGCUCAACGACUUUGAUCCCUUUGGAUGAACCGUCUUGUCCGACUGCUCCUGUCCCAAUCCCUCGGACGGAGCAGUACAUGUGUGCGUGGGCAUGUCGAAACUAAACACAUCCCGGCCAAUAUACCGACGUGGCGAUCGCUACCAAUACAUGUUUGGCGAUAAGCAUGUCGUCGUG